CGUCACUGUCAUGACAACAAGACGAUGGCUCCAAGCGAGAAGAUGGGAAAUUUGGUGUUCGUGUGAACCAAGAGAAACAAACGAGGAGUGACAGUUCUGUAAAGUUGGAGGCGCCAUGUCUCUUUUUAAGGCCCGUGACUGGUGGUCAGGAGCUCUUGGUGAGGGGGAGGAAUUUGACCAGGGAUGCCUGUGUGUGGGAGAUGUGGACAACAGUGGAACAGGACAUGACAAGAUUGUUGUGGGCAGCUACAUGGGGAUGCUGCGGAUAUUCUGCCCAAAUGCCAAUAAGCAGAGCGAGGGGGGCUCGGCUGAUGCCCAGCUUCUUGAAGUUCAGCUUCAAAAUGCCAUCAUCCAGGUCGAAGUUGGCAAGUUUGUUUCGUGUUCAGAGCUCCUUCACCUGGCUGUUCUUCACCCAAGGAAGCUGUCGGUUUACUCUGUGACAGGUACUGCAGGGAAUGUGGAGCAUGGAGAUCAGUACCAGCUGAAGUUAAUAUAUGAGCAUAACCUGCAGAGAACGGCCUGCAACAUGACGUACGGCACCUUCGGAGGAGCCACAGGUCACCAUUCCUUGUGCAUCCAGUCUAUGGAUGGGAUGCUGAUGUUCUUUGAGCAGGACAGCUACUCGUUCGGCAGGUUCCUUCCUGGCUUUCUCCUGCCUGGUCCGCUGGCCUACAAUUCCAGAACCGACAGCUUCCUCACAGUGUCCUCAGCACGCCAGCUGGAGAGCUACAAGUAUGAGACUUUGGCUGUGGCUACAGAAGCAGAGACCCGACAGGAUUCUGAUUUAACCCCUAAAACUGGGGGCAAGAGGCUGACGCCUGACUGGACGUUUGUUCUGGGAGAGCAGGCCCUGGACAUUUCUGUCCCCUCCUUCUCCCAUUCCUCUUCCUCCAUCCUUGUUCUGGGUGAGAGGAACCUCUUCUGUCUCCGUGACAACGGGCAGAUCCGCUUCAUGAAGAAACUGGAAUUUAACCCCAGCUGCUUCCUACCCUAUGCCUCAGUGAAAGAUGGCACCACAAACCUGCUGCUUGGUAACCACAACAACAUGCUGCUGGUUUACCAGGACGUCACUCUGCAGUGGGCGGCCCAGCUCCCCUUUGUGCCUGUGGCUGUUCGUGUUGCCAACUUCCCGGAGCUGAAAGGAGCUGUGGUCAGUUUGAGUUCAGACGGUCAUCUUUUGAGCUCUUACAUGGGUACAGACCCCUCCUUUUUUUCAACUCCUAAAGUGGAUGCCAGAGAAGCUGAUUAUGAGCAGGUCGAUGCUGAGAUGAAGAAGCUGCAGAAGCUCAUCAGAGAGGCCACAAGGACUCAAGAUAUUCUGCCUAAAUCUGAUGCUCUGGAGGACCUGUCUGUCAAGGCCAUUGUGUUUCCCUCCCUGGAUGCAUCAUCACAAGCUCUAAUCCAAGAUAUGGAUGGUCUUCCAGUUCCUUCAGUUACUGUUCAGGUGAAGGUAAAGGCCAGCUCUGUUCUACAGUCUGCUAAGCUGUCCAUCUGUGUCCAGCCUCCUUUGGCUGUCACUCAAGACCAGUUUGUUUUGGAACCAAUGGGUGUUGGUUCAACCAAAGAAGUUUCUUUUUCUGCUUUCCUUAACGGUCACUACCCCCCCGCUGAUCUGACCGGAGACAUCGUUGUGUCCUACAGCUCACCAACAGGAGUUCCCAGAGUUCUCCAGUCCAGGUUCAAUCUUCCUCUGGCUCUGGUGUGUGUUCCUUCAUCUCCAGCCAAAAGCACCAAGUUUAAGAUCACCGUUGACACCAACCAGCCACCAGUUGACCUCAGCGCUCUCUUUAGGGAGUUUUCAGCAAAAACAGAAGAUAAGGAUGGGAACAGUUUGGCUUUUCAGUUUCUGUCAGGAGCCAAAGUCACUGUGCUCGCCUCCAAGACCUCCCAGCGUUAUCGCAUUCAGGGUGACAGCUUUGAGGAUAUGUGGCUGGUGGUGAAGGAACUUGUUCAGAGGUUUGAUCAGCAUUUCUCCAAACUGGGAAUCAAAGACUUCAAGAAAAGUUUUAGUGGGCCAAUCCCACUUCAGGAGUACUUCCUGUCUGUAGACAAUCACUUUCAGCUGCGUGUCAAUGCUCAGCAAUAUCAGGAUCUGCUGUCAGAGCGAGCCGUCCAGUUCAGAGCCAUCCAGCGGCGACUGCUCACCAGAUUCAAAGACAAGACCCCUGCACCUCUGCAGAGCCUUGACACACUACUGGAUGCCACUUACAACCAGGUCAUUACACUGGCCGAGGCUGCGGAGGAGAACCGGGCGCUACUGGAGCAGGCUUUCGUCCGUUUACGGAGCUCCACUCACCUGCUGGUUCUGCUGCUGUCGCUGUGGCAGGGCCUGACCCACGAUCAGACCGCCAUCUUGGAAGCCACCUUACUGCCGCUGCUGCAGGACACACCCCAGCUGGGUUGGGAGGAGAGCUGCGAUGCGGCCGUCUCCCACCUUCUGCGGAGCUGCUUGUCUCGGAGUCCAAAGGAUCAGGCAACGUCUCUGGCCCAGAUCGGCGGGUCUGUGCUGAGUCUUCCCCAAGACACCACCCGCCUGAAAAAACACAUAGCCCUGCUCUGUGAUCGCUUAGGCAAAGGAGGCCGGCUCACCCUGGCCUCUGAGGCUAACGUCCAGAUCCCUGCUCAGAUCCAGAAUCUCGCUGCUCCUGGAGGCGUUGAGCCAAUAGCAGAAGAUCUUGGUGAUGGAGAGGAGGUGGAAAAUCCACAAGAAAUGACCAAAUUUAUCAAGAAGAAACCAUCUAGAAAAGUCAAGAAAGAAAAAGACUCCAAAGAGAAGAAAGAUGUAUCCAGAGAGCCAUCAGAGGCAUCCGUGAAGGAGGAAGCAGGAGUUCCAGAGGAGCCCAUCAAGGAGGUGAAAAAAGAGAAGAAGGAGUCAUCAAAAGACAAAAAGGAGUCAAAGAAGGAUUCUAGCAAGGAAGCCAAAGAGCCCAAAGAUGAGGCAAAGAAGAAAGAGUCUUCCUCUUCCAAGGAAAAGAAGGAGAAGAAGGAGAAAGAGAAGGAAGGAAAGGAGUCUGGGGACAGAAAAGUGUCCAGGAAGUCUUCUGUAAAAGUGAAAGACAAGAAGAAGGAGACAGAAGCUGCAGAAGGUUGAUGGAGGUGAAGCAAUAAGCUCUUUAUAUGCAUAUAAAAACAUUCAUAAGCAUCCGCUGAACAUCCACAGACCUUCCACUCAUGAAUUUGUGUACAUGUUUGUAUACUGUUUACCUCUCUGCAAAAACAGGGUAAUCUAAAGGAUUCAUUUUUGUAUAUAAAGCUUCAAUAUGUUUUUAGUUGUAAAUGUAUUCUGUCAAAUAUCUCAGUGGCAAAACCAUUUCCUCCUGGAUGCUUUUACAAAACCACGCCAAUCCGCUGUGAUUCUGCUGAAUGCGCCGCAUGCAGCCGCUCACUGAGCACGUUUUCCAGCUGUGGUGAGGAGCGAGGAUGAGAGCGACGUCCUCCCCCAGCGUUCUGCUGACUUUCCCUUCUUUGUCAUUUUCUUUGUCCUGCCUCAGCAGCAGUUGAACCCACAGCGCUAAUCCCGGAACGGGCCCCAAACCAGCUCACACCCACACUCAGUUAGGGAUGCAGCAGCAGAAGUGUCCUCUCAUCCCCUUGCGUGGUUCGGAGGUUCGCCGGAGCUGGAACCGCCGUUUCCUCCAGGAAUAAAACUGCCUGGCUCGUCAAAUUACCCCGAUGCUGCGGGGUGAAUCAAGGCUACAUCCCACAGCCGCUGCUGGUUCCAUCCCCAUCUGACCUUCACUGUUUUUUUUUAUGUUUGACUCCGCCGACACAUACUGGUCCCCAUGCAGCCCCACCAUUAUACUUUGCAUGAUGGAAACCAGCUGACCAAUGCUCCUCUGCUCACCUGUGUUUUAAAUGAAUGUCAGUUUAAAUAUGAACUUUCUGACUUAUUUUUAGAAACAAAAUGUGUUCUAGAUUUUACAAUAAACUUCACACUGUGGUUUUUCCUGUAGAAAAACUGCUCUACUCGGAUUAGUCCAACAAAACACACGCAUAGUUCUAUUUGUGUCUUUGUUGGUAUCUAAAUCUGAGAGCUCAUCAGACAGAAAUAAUCCAAAAAACAUUCCGUAAAGGUUCAGAAAAGCUUUAUUUUCAAUAGAUCCUUUACAGAAUCCAGCUAUACCUUGUCUUUUUGUGCUAUAACGUUCACACGGUAGUUUCAUACAUGCCCAUUCAUCCUUGGGUGCAAGGGUAAGGGUCCUUCCAGUUAAAAUCUUCGAUGCAUUUUGACACAAACAUAUUUUGUGAUGCAAAAACGGCUGAUUUGAGUUAUUUCAUUUGUAUUUUUUUGCCAGAAUUGACAGUUUGUGGACGUAUUGUAGUAGUCAUUGUUGCUGUGGCAGCAGCUCCUUGUCCGGAUCACUCCUUGUGUCAAUGGGUCCAAAUGAAGCUCUUUUUUUGUCAAGGAUGUUUUUAUUUUUAGCUUGUUUUGUGAAACAGAUGUUAGCAAUAUCGGUCACAGCAUCUCGUCUGAGCAAAACCUCAUGUUCUCCCGUUUAAACACAGCUUUCCUUCUUUUUUUAAUGUAGAUACUUAACAAGUUUGAUAAAUGAUAAAAAUGUAGAUAUUAUAGCAGCGCCAGCUCAUGUUUGCCAAGAGAGAGUGUUAGAAUCUAGGCGAUGUUUUAAAGGUUUCCACUGGAUACCAUUUACUGUAAGUGACUGUUUCUCAUCACUGUGGGUGUUUAAAAUGUAGAGCAGGUUUUGUAAAUGUACUAGAGCUUCAGAUCCAUCAGGCUCAUCCUUUGAGUCUGCUCUUAAAGCCAUUCUUCAUUCCAGGAGACGUUUCUACACUUUAGAAUAAACUUUGCUCUAACUGUGAAGCCUGUAGUGAGAAUCCUCAAACAGUAAGUAAAAAUUAACUUUUCAUGGCUAUUUAGUAAUAAAGAUUUCUGACUG